CCCUCACAAACCCAUUCCAGAAAUCGAAACUGCACCGGUUUCCAUGCAGAAGGCGCCCGCGUCCUCUGGAUCUCCCUGCCUCCAACAGGACCCCACCCUGGCCCCCACGCCCACCAUGCCUCCUCCGGAGGACCCCUCCGAAGACCGUGAACACAACCAAAGGCCGGCGGAGCAAACCUUAAAGGAGGAAUUCCAGUUUCUGCACUGCCUGGGCUGCCAGGCCCAAGCCAAGUGCCCCAAGCUGCUUCCUUGCCUGCACACGCUGUGCUCCGGAUGCCUGGAGGCUCGGGGUUUUCAUUGCCCUAUCUGCCAGGCGCCGGGAGCCGACCCUCCUGCGGAAGCUCUGGAUAACGUGUUCUUCGAGAGCCUGCAGCGGCGCCUGGCGGUGUUCCGGCAGAUCGUGGAUGUGCAGGCUACGUGCACCCGCUGCAAAGAGUCGGCUGACUUCUGGUGUUUCGAGUGUGAGCAGCUCAUGUGCAACAAGUGCUUCGAGGCGCACCAGUGGUACCUCAAGCACGAGGCCCGGCCCCUGGCCGAGCUCCGCGACAGCUCAGUUCUCGAAUUCCUCGAUGGUACACGCAAGUCCAACAUCUUUUGCUCCAAUACCAACCAUCGCACCCCUGCGCAGACCAACAUCUACUGCCGAGGCUGCGCCAAGCCUCUGUGUUGCGCAUGUGCACUCCUGGACCGCAGCCACGGUGAUCUUCAAUGUGACAUUGGCCAGGAGAUCCAGCAGUGGCAUGAGGAGCUCGGCACCAUGACGCAGGCGCUGCAGGAGCAGGAAAGGACCUUCGACAAUGCUCACUCGCAGAUGCGCUCGGCCAUAGGCCAGCUGGAGCACUCACGCACAGAGGCUGAGGAGCGAAUCCGCUCCCGCGUUCGCCAAGUGGUAGAGCAUGUGCAGGCACAGGAGCGCAAACUGCUCGAGGCGGUGAAUGCACGCUACCAGCGCGACUACCAGGAAAUAGCUGGUCAGCUGGGCCACCUGGAAGCUGUGCUGCAGCGCAUCCACACUGGUGAGGCGCUGGUCAAGAGGAUGAAGCUCUAUGCCUCCGAUCAGGAGGUGCUGGACAUGCACGGCUUUCUGCGCAGGGCACUCUGCCGCCUGCGCCAGGAGGAACCCCAGAACCAGCAAGUCCAGCUGCGCACCAGCGGCUUCGAGGAGUUCAAGAUGUGUCUGCAGGACCUCAUCUCCUGCAUCACCCCGAGGACAGAUGCAGCUGUAGCCGGGAGAGCCAGACCAGAGGCAGCCAGCACUCCCAAGGACUCUGUUGACCUCGAGCAGCCCAAUGAAGUGCAGAGGGCACAGGCUGAAGCCCUGAACAUGUCUGAGACCCAGCCUGUGGCCAUGGUACAGUCAGUGCCCGGAGUGCACCCUGUGCCAGUAUAUGCCUUCUCUAUGAAAGCCCCCACCUAUCGAGAGGAAGCCUCUCAGACAGUCAUCUCCAAGAAGAGGAAGUGCUGCUGCCACAGCGAUUGCUCCAGGAAGAUGGUCAAGAUGGAAUCCACAGAGGAGGAUGAGGACAGGUUGACCACCAGCUCCCCUGAGCAGCCCAGGCCCAGCACUUCCAAGGCCAUCUCGCCUCCGCAUCUGGAUGGGUCUUCCAACCCUGGGAGCCCCAUCCAAGAAGAAGAAACCCUCCUGCUCACCAGCAAUCAUGUAACCAGCGACACAGGGGAAACAGAAGAGCGAAUUGUGGUGAUCAGCAGCUCAGAAGACUCAGAUACCGAGAAUCUGUCCCCCCACGAGCUGGAUGAUAGCGGCAGUGAGUCCAGUGGCCUCCAGCUGGAGGGUCCCAAUUUCCUCAAGGCAUCGAGUGAGAGUCUCGCUGACCCCCAAGCGGAAGACAGGCCUCUGGUAUUCUUUGACCUCAAGAUCGACAAUGAAACCCAGAAAAUUAGCCAACUGGCAGCCGUGAACCAGGAAAGCAAGUUCCGAGUACUCAUUCAGCCCGAGGCCUUCAGUGUCUACUCGAAGGCCGUCUCCCUGGAGGUUGGACUGCAGCACUUCCUCAACUUCCUCACCUCCAUGCGCCGACCCAUCUUGGCCUGCUCUAAGCUAUGGGGGCCUGGACUCCCCAUCUUCUUCAAGGCCCUGAAUGAUAUUAACAAGCAGUGGGAAUUCCAGGUCUCCAUCUCCGGUUUCUUGGCUGUGUUGCCUCUCAUCCAGGAACGCAUACCAGGUGCCAGCAGCUUCAAACUUAGGAACCUGGCCAAGACCUACCUGGCAAGAAACAUGAGUGAGCGGAGCGCCCUGGCUGCGGUGCUGGCCAUGCGAGACUUGUGCUGCCUCCUGGAGGUCUCUCCAGGGCUGCAGCUGGACCAGCAUGUCUACCCCUUCAGCAACUUGCAGUGCUUUGCUUCCCUGCAACCCCUAGUUCAGGCGAAUGUCCUGCCCCGGCCCGAAGCCCGCCUCUUGGCCCUCCACAAUGUGAGCUUCCUGGAGUUGCUGACUGCAUACCGCAACAACCGACAAGAGGGCUUGAAGAGGUAUGGUCGCUAUCUGAGCCUGCAGACCUCGUCGCCGGCGUCCACCCAGCUUGCUCAGUACCUCCAGGCUCUGAACACCUACAUGGAAGGACUGUUGGAAGGGUGUGACUCAGCCAUGGCAGAGGGCAGCUCUGCUCCUUUCUCUAGCCAGAGCUUGGCCAAAAAGGCCUCUCAGCAGACCUGAAAGGAAGGGAUGCCUGGCUUAGCAGGUGACCACAGAGCGAGGAGCAUCCCUGAGCCGGGCCCUACCCUGCACCGCAUCCCCAGGUCAGUCUUCCAUACAGAACUGCUGUUUAGUUCAGGAUAGGUGCCCUUUAUCUGGGACCAAAUGCUCUUUCUCUAAAAUUCCUCCAGCAGUCGCCAAAGGCACCCCAGACCUAGCCCCUCCCUUGGAAGCCAGACUCAGGAAAACUGAGUAAAGAAGGCAUAGUCUCUGGGCUCUCUGGUUGGCCCUCAUAUGGCCCAGUCACCUCACCUACCACUACCACAGGGGCCUUGCAGCUCUUCCCUGAUGCUCAAUGUCCCAAGUGAUCUCCUGAUAAGUCCCCACGAAUAACACCUUAAGAAAGAAGUUCUCAACCUGUGGGUUGCAACUAUUGGAAAACACCUAUUUCUGUUGGUCUUAGGAACCCCCAACCGUAACUGUAGUUUUGCUACUGAGUGGUGUCUUCAGUUUCUAAGAUCAUUGUAAAGACGUGUUUUUCCAUGGUCGCGACCCACGGCUUGAGAACCCCUGCUCUAAGGCGUUGCUUACCACUAUACCAGCAGCCUAUGGGCACCCAAAGUGCCUUUCAAACCAAACUGCCCUUCAUGAAUUUGGGUUCUCCCAGCUCCCACUGGCCAGAGGCCCAACUGUGUUCACUUUUAUUUUUAUUUUUAACACUUUCAUUCCAAAGGGGCCUUCUAGCAGCAGAGAGAACUAGAAGCUGUUGCCCCAUCCACCCAUGUCCCUGUUUCUACAAACGAUUGACCCUUCCAGCUUUAUUCUUUGUUCAUCGGGCCACCUAGCCCCUCCUUGCGUUCAGCCCUUCCAAGGGACACCCAGUGGGGCACUUGCGUCUAGAUCUUGGGAAGGUGGACCUGUGGGCAUUACUCAAGGUCCCCAGAAUCAGGUUCUCCAGGUGGCUCUGGGACCAAGUGCUCUCCAAUUCUGGGUGCCGCUGCUGUCACAGGCCACCUCCCCUCAAAGGGAAGUAGAGGAAGUCCCUGACUGCGUACACUGAAUAUGGUUAGGAAAAGGUCAGAGCUCCGCUCCGGUGUUCUGUGAAAUGGGCUGGCUGGCCUGUGUUAUUAUCUCAGAGUCCCUAGCCAGCUCUGUCAUCCUGGGCUCUCAGGCAUGGGCAGCAGCUUGCUGGGGCCACAGAUAAGAAGUAUCCUCACCCUUGGACCCAACUCUCAUGCCAAGCCUUUGGUCCCCAAUCUUAUGGUCAUCUUGAAGGUCAGCCUUUCUCUAUGGUUAGCUGAACUGUUGCUGGCGUUGUCCGCCUCCUCACCCUGGCCCAUUCCCUGCUUCCUGCUCCUAGGGUAUUUCCCAGAUAGCCCAGAGGUCCAGUCUUGACAGGUCGGCAGUCUCCACUUUCAUGUGGGUGAUGCAGGCUGUCUUCAGUUGCAGCUGAUCAUGGAUUUAGGACAAAGGAAAGAAGGUAACGUCCAGUCCUAUCUGCCAUUGCAGCUGUUAGUAAUAUGUGAAUCUUUUUUUUCCCUCUUGGUCUUCAGAGGCAGGGUUUUUCAGUGUGGCCCUGGCUUUUCUGGAACUCACUCUGUAGACCAGGCUGGCCUUGAACUCGGAGCUCCACCUGCCCCUGCCCCACAAUUGUUGCGAUUAAAGGUUUGCAUCACCACAUAUUGCCUGGCAAAUAUAUGAAUCUCCAAAGCCUAACGUUCCAAUCACAAACUUCACCAGGCCUUCCUUUCCUAGAUCCAUCGAGCCUGCUCUUCCAUGGGUACAAGAGGCUCUCCCAGGCAUGGGUGAACAGGUAAUUGCCCAACUUGACUUGGGGAAAUCUUUCUGAGUCUGGCAGAGCCGAGCACGCCCUUGUUCAGAGAUAAAGGCGCUAAGGUUAAAAAUCCUCUAUUUCAAGUAGGGAAAGCCAGGUGGACUUUCCACAGGGUCGUUCCCAAAGGUGAGAGGCACCAACUUUGAGAAUUCCCUUCUAUGGUGAGGUGGGGGCCAGAGACCAGGACCUGUGGGCCCUUUGCUUCUGUUUUCAAUUGAGCGGGCAAUAAAAUCCUAUAA